AUGUCAUUCAGUCAAAUGAGACCUCAAACUUCACAGCUGUUGGAACUUCAUGUUUUUUAUGUCCCAGCAGAAGUGUGGAACUUCAAGCUGAAUACAGUUCCUGUAGCUCUUACUAGCAAAUUUGUCUCAGCUGGAUUUAUAAGGGUGUCUCCUCACAUCACAUUAAGAGUGCUGCGGGAGAGGCUUGGAGAGUACCUGGGUGGAGUGACAGCUGCAGAUAAAUUCAGAUUUUUAAAAUGCAUUGGGAAAAAACUAGCAGUGGUGAAAGCAAAGCAGGAAGCUGAACUGGAACUGAAGUCAUUUGCUCCUCCUUAUGCACUUUUUCCUGAAUUAUAUUUAUUACCUGGAGUGGAAUAUUUUGAAGAUGUUUAUCCAUUGCUAUCAUCACCUCAACAAAAAUUUCACAUUAGUGAAGAAGCUAAUAGGUUUGGUCAUGGAUCAAGAUUAUCCAGCCUUUCCCAACAGAAACCUGAAAAAGGCAAACCAUUUUCAGAAAGUAUACGAAGCAGGCAUCAGGCAGAAAAUCUGGAAGUGCCCAGUCCUGUGGAAUGGGGUGAGAAAGAGCCUGUUCCAGUUUCACACACAAACAAUAAGCAAGACAAUAACAACAGAAUUCCAGAAAAACAGUUUGAAGAAAAAGAUCCAAGUGGAUCUGAUGGAUCUCUCUUCACACCAAGUCAUUCUAAUCCUGCAGACCAGAAGUCUGGAAAGUGGGACCUGGUAUUACAGACCUCUGAGCAGAAUCAUCUCAGCCAAGAUCAAGAAGACUGCAAUGCUCCAAAGUGGAAUGACAAAGCCAAAGGAACUGCUCCUACUCAUGUAAACCACAGUCAUGAACAAGGCCAGGGUAACCAAAGACUCCAAAAUCACAUUAAACAUCAAAAGGGUACACAUGUAAUCUGUGUAUUUUUGUCAUCACUAUCCUGGACAGAACUAGCAAACAUGGAAAGUAAUGAGCACCAAAAAGAUACCAAAUUAAGAAGAGACAGAACACAGGAUGCUGAAAUUCUUAAAAGAAUGGAAGACCAAACUACAGAUUAUAUCCACAAAAAACAAAGCUUGCAGCAAAACAGAACUAAGAAGACUAGAGUUGGUCUUGGUGAAAAACUGGAUUAUCAGGCAGAUGAAAACAAGCAAAAUCAUCUUACAUGUCCAAAAGAGUGUAUUUCGGCUCCUAGUCCACCUUUUUUGGCAUUUACUGUAAAUCCAGCUCAAGUUCCUGUAAUUCAGGCAGCAAAAAACAAGAUGGCAGAACAAUUGCAACAAAUGAAGGAAGACAGAAGGCACAUGGAAAAAACUAGAGAAGAACUGAGAAAAAAAGCUAAAGGGCUACUGGAACAAAAUAAGCUGAGGAGAUACCAUGUGCGUGAGGAAUGGAAGAAGAAAUACUUUGAAACCAAGAAGGCUACAGUUUCACUGGAGGACACUUUAAACAAACUGCAACAAGAUUUAGAGCUUUACCACCAGAAAUUGCUCUUGCAACUGGAAGCCAGAGAUAGCCAAAAACGAGCAAACAAAACAACAACCUCCAAGAAUUACACAAUCAUCCGGAUUGCUACAGUGCAGCAUGAACUCCACCAACUGAGGAGGAAGCUAGAGGAUACAAAAAUGAGACUCCUAAAAGAAAUUAAGAUGAGAAAGCAGGCAGCGUCUGAUUUACGAGCACUGAGAGCAGAACUGACACAGAAGAAGAUUCAUUCUCCAGUCCAGAAAAUCAGGAAUUUAAGAUGA